AUUCAUCUUUGCACUCGCUGCGCCUACCAUCUCUCUCUUUCACUUCACUCUUACGACAAUCUCUCGCUCCCUCUUUCUCGCGCUCGACCCGUGUAACCACUCCGGAGCCUCGAAGUAGGGGAUACGUGUGUUUGUACAUACAUGUUUUUGCAGUGCUAUUUAAUUGUGAGCUCGACGACGUCUUGGUGUCGUUUGCACUUGUGCACAUAAGCGCUUGUAAAUUUUUCUUUUAAACAAAUGCGCUGAUCAACGUUUUUCCUGCAAUUAAAAACGUGGCUGCACCUUGCGCGCAGUCCGACUCCGAUAUUAUCACAGUGCAAUAUCACUCGCUGCCGAGCGUCACCGAGUAAACAAUGAAGAGCCUUUUUAUAUUAUUGAUAUCAAUAUUAAUUGUGCAAAAUUCGGUUGCACCUCCAGUUCAACCAGAAAAAAAGAAAGAAGAAGAACAUAAAAAUGAAGUCGACGAGGCUGAAGUUCAAGACAUUGGUGAUAUAAUGGAAUAUCACAGGUAUCUGCAAGAGGUAGUACAAGCUCUUGAAAGUGAUCCUGAUUUCCGGUCUAAACUAGAAAAGGCCAAUGAGACUGAUAUUCGUACUGGAAAAAUAGCUCAUGAGCUUGAAUUUGUGAAUCAUCAUGUCAGAAACAAAUUGGAUGAACUCAAAAGGACUGAACUUGAAAGACUUAGGCACUUGGCUACUCAAGAAUAUGAAUUACAAAAUGGAAUUAACAGAGACCAUUUGAAAAUUCCUGAACAUUUGGAUCAUCAAAAUCCUCAUACUUUUGAAAUUGAUGAUUUGAAAAAACUAAUUGCUAAGACUACAAAAGAUUUGGAUGAAGCUGAUAAAAAACGUAAAGAGCAAUUCAAAGAGUAUGAAAUGAACAAAAAAUAUGAACAAGAGGAGAAAAUGAAAACAAUGCAAGAAGAAGAGAAAAAAAAAUAUGAACAAGAACUCCAUGAAUUAGAGAAAAAACAUAAAGAACACGAGCCUUUACAUCAUCCUGGCAGUAAAAAGCAGUAUGAAGAAGUUUGGGAAAAACAAGAUCACAUGGAAGAUCAAGAAUUUGAUCCAAAAGCAUUCUUUUAUCUUCAUGACUUGGAUGGAAAUGGUGUUUGGGACCAGGUUGAAUUAAAAGCUUUGUUUGUAAAAGAAUUAGAUAAAUUGUACGCUCAGGGUCACCCUGAAGAUGAUCUUGUUGAAAGGGCAGAAGAAUUAGAGAGAAUGAGAGAACAUGUCAUAAAAGAAGCUGACUUGAAUAAAGAUGGAUUUAUCAGUUAUGAUGAGUUCAUAAAUGAAUCAAAAAAAGCUGAAUUUGAGCAAGAUUCAGGUUGGGAAACAUUAGAUGAGCAACAACUUUAUUCAGAACAGGAGUAUGAAACAUACAAAACCCAAAAAGCAAGAGAAAUUGAGCGUGCUAUCGCUAAAGGAAUGUCGGAACAGCAUGCUGGAGGUCAUCCUCAGAAUGGACAUGAACAGUUCCCAACACAUCCUAACGAGAUACCACAUCACAAUAAUGCUCAACAGCAAGCUCAGUAUCAACACAACCAAGUUCCUCAACAGCAACAACAACACAAUCCACAACAAGGACAAUAUGCAAACCAAGUGCCACCUCAACAAAUGCAUUAUGAUCCAAAUCAACAUCAACAAGGCCAGUUUCAACAAGUACCACAACAACACGUUCAGUAUCAACAAGCACCGCCACAACAAGGGCAAUAUCAGCAAGGCCAGUACCAGCAAAUACCACCUCAACAAGCUCAAUAUCAACAAGUUCAUCCUCAGCAAGUUCAAUAUCAACAGGCCCAACCUCAGCAAGGCCAAUAUCAACAAGCCCAACCACAGCAAGGCCAAUAUCAACAAGCCCAACCUCAGCAAGGUCAAUAUAUAAACCAAAUGCCGCCACAGCAACAACAGCAGCAGCAGCUACAUCCAAAUCAAGUUUAUCAAGCUCCCAUCUCAAAUGAUGUGAAUCAACAUCAAAAUUAUCCUCCAACUAACCAACAAGUACCUGCUGGACAAGUACCACAGCAACAUCAACAACAAAAUGUGCCAAGUAUGAAUCAAAACCAUCAACAAAACAUUCCAACAGCUAAUCAGCCAGCUCAAGGAAAUAGUAAUACGAAUCAAGGUCAACAAGCGGCAGAUGCUCAAAUUCCAGUAGUUAACACACCCCAGCAAAAUACUCAAAAUCAAGUUCCACAUGAACAUAAAGAACAAAUAGCUUCAAUUAAUGCAGCUCAUGGGCAUGCUUAGUGAUUUUCAGUGUAAAUUUGAGUGAAAUAAAUGACUGACCCCAUUAAUCUAGACAAUGUUAAAUAAUUUAUGAGUGAUGAAACAUAGUGAUAAUUCAAUUAUUCUUAUUUGUUAUUUAUUUUGUGUGAAGUUAUAUGUCUAUUACUUGUGUUAAUAUAUUCUGCAAAAAUAAUAUAAACAUUUCAAAAGUCAAUGUACAAAAACAAACUUGAUAGGAAAAAAAGCAUUUUAAAAUUUAAAUUUCU